UGGUAAGUGUACGGUAAGAAAGCCUCUAGUUUCUGCUUUACAGAGGGCAGGGGAUCCACUAAUGGAAACACAGCGUUGGCUUGCUUGCCUGGUGUUCAUAGGACCUGUAACAAAGUUUCUGAUUCCACCAUACCAAGUAAGUUUUCUGAGCUACUGUUUAAUGCCUAUUAAUUGUGAGCUAAAUGGAUGCUGCUGUUGUGUUGGAAUAUCUAGAUGUGCUUUUGAGUGUUUGGUUAAAACUUUUUUCAAUUUACCCUCCUGGUAAAUGAAUGUUAAAUUUGGAUGGUUAUAAGUUUACAGGGUAUUAAAACUACAUUGGAAAAUGCUUGAAAAUUAAAGACUAAAACUUACAUUUUGUACUGAAAUAAAAAACAUAGUCAGACUAGCUAGUUAGAUUCUACAUUGGUUGAAGAGGGGAACGUAGCAAUCUUUAUAAGGGUGUGGAAAUCUCUCUUUGGUAGACGUGUUUUAAAACUGACGACAAUAUGUAAUGGGUGAAAGUGGAUGAUAUCUACUAGCGGCGAAUUUGGACUGUUAUAAAUGGUAUUAGAGCCCAACACUAGGCAGUGUGUUAGCGAGGAUGUUGGGUCCUUAAGGGGUGGAUUGUGAGAUCCCACGUUAGUUGGAGAGGGGAACAUAAAACCUCCCCCUAGUUGACGCAUUUUAAAUUGUGAGGCCGGAUUUGGAAGAAAACCUCCUAAAUUUGGCACAAAAGUAGUAAAGUUUAGAAAAGAAAAAUUGAAUUUUGAGUAUGGAAAAGAAUUAAAUUACAAAAAAUUGCAAUAUUAAUUGGAAAUUUAAUAGAGAAAUAAGAAGAGAAGCAUGCCCACAACAAGAAUUCCUAAAUAAAUUCUCCAUAAAACCCAUUCCUAUCUUUCAUCUUCUCCACUAAACCCAUAAACUUUCCGGCAAGCAAACAUUAUAAUGUCCGACUCCGGCGACCGUCCGAGGUUUCUGCAUUCCAUUUUUGGGCAUGGCAAAGUGGCGGAGUUGAUGCUGUGGAAGAAGAAGAGAGAAUCGGCGGCGAUGUUGGCCGGAAUCAGCGGCGUUUGGUUGCUGCUUGAGGUCUUGGACUACCACUUUGUUACUCUGCUUUGCUAUCUACUCAUCAUUACUAUGCUUCUUCCAAUGGCGGCUUUGAACGACGAGGGCACUGCCCUUUUCUCCUUCAAACAGUUCAUCACAGAAGACCCAGACGGCUCCCUCAGCAACUGGAAUUCUUCAGAUCAAAACCCUUGUUCUUGGAAUGGCGUUACAUGCAAUGAUCUAAGAGUCGUUUCCCUUAGUAUUCCCAAGAAGAAUCUCAAAGGGAUUCUCCCUUCUUCGUUGGGGAUUCUUUCUCACCUUCGCCAUGUGAAUCUAAGGAACAAUAAACUCCAUGGAACUCUGCCAUUGGAGCUUUUCCAAGCUAAUGGAAUACAGAGCUUGGUGAUUUUUGGGAAUUCCUUUUCUGGGUUUGUCCCAAAUGAUGUUGGUAAGCUCAAAAACCUUCAAAUCUUGGAUUUAUCUCACAAUUUCUUUAAUGGGUCGUUGCCUGUUUCAUUGAUCCAAUGCACAAGACUUAGAAUUCUUGAUAUUAGUCACAAUAAUCUUACUGAUGCUCUGCCUGUUGGACUUGGUUCUAGUUUGAAUUUCUUGGAAAAAUUGGAUGUUUCUCACAAUAUGUUCAAUGGUUCAAUCCCUAUGGAUAUUGGUAAUCUCUCUAGCUUGCAAGGAACUGUUGAUUUCUCAUAUAAUUUGUUCUCUGGUUCAAUCCCUGCUAGCUUAGGAAACCUUCCUGAAAAGGUUUAUAUUGAUCUUAGUUAUAAUGAUUUGAGUGGUUCAAUACCCCAAAAUGGUGCUCUUAUGAACAGAGGACCUACUGCUUUCAUUGGUAAUCCUGGUCUUUGUGGACCUCCAUUGAAGAAUCCGUGUUCUUCGGAAGCUCCAGGCGCGAGUUCGCCGUCGUCAUUCCCCUUUUUCCCAGAUAAUUCUCCACCUGGGAGGUCUGAGGGUAAUGGAGGGUUGAGUAGGAGCACGUUGGUUGCGAUAAUCGUCGGCGACAUUAUCGGUAUCUGUCUGAUUGGGUUGCUGUUUUCGUAUUGCUAUUCGAGGUUUUGGACUCGUAGGAAUGGGAAGAAGGUAGAGCAAUCUAAAGAUGGUCUUCAUAAGGGAGAGAAAGGAAGAAAGGAUUGUCUCUGCUUUCGAAAGGGUGAAUCCGAGAAUGUUUCGGAGCAUGUUCAGCAGUUUGAUCUCGUAGCUCUUGAUUCAAACGUGACGUUUGAUCUCGACGAACUUCUUAAGGCGUCGGCGUUCGUUUUGGGGAAAAGUAGUAUCGGGAUAGUGUAUAAAGUCGUGCUCGAAAAUGGCCUCACUUUAGCUGUGAGAAGAUUGGGUGAAGGAGGUUCACAAAGGUUUAAAGAGUUUCAAACUGAAGUUGAAGCAAUUGGGAAGCUAAGGCAUCCAAAUGUUGUUGGCCUUAGAGCUUAUUAUUGGUCUGUUGAUGAAAAACUGCUUAUUUAUGAUUACAUAUCAAAUGGAAGCCUUGCAUUUGCCAUUCAUGGGAAGCCCGGGACAUCGUCGUUUUCACCGUUACCGUGGUCUGUUCGGUUAAGAAUCAUGGAAGGUAUAGCAAAAGGGUUGAUUUACUUGCAUGAGUUUAGCCCCAAAAAGUAUGUCCAUGGCAAUUUGAAGACGAACAACGUACUUCUCGGACACAAUAUGGUACCUCAUAUUUCGAAUUUCGGGCUUGCUCGACUUGUUAACAUCGCUGGAGGAUCUCCGACUCUGCAAUCGGGUCACUUGACAGACGAAAAACCCCACGAGAAACAGCUUAAGUCUGCAACUUCUGAAGCUAGUACAUUCAGUUCUAAUAUGAAUACUUACUACCAAGCCCCAGAAGCAUUAAAGGUCGUGAAGCCAUCACAGAAAUGGGACGUUUACUCGUUCGGUGUGAUAUUACUCGAAAUGAUCACCGGAAGGUUGCCGAUAGUUCAAGUUGGAGCGUCGGAGAUGGAUCUUGUUCAAUGGAUUCAACUCUGCAUUGAGGAAAAGAAGCCGCUUUCGGAUGUUAUAGAUCCGUCUUUGACACCGGACGACGAUACAGACGAGGAGAUUAUCACGGUUUUGAAGAUAUGUUUAGCUUGUGUUCAAAAUAGUCCCGAAAGAAGACCGACGAUGAGACAUGUUUCUGAUGCAUUGAGUAGGAUGGUUGUGAAUCCAAAGUGAACAAUGGACCGUUCAUACUCGAAAGCUCGAGCUCCCUCGUAAAGGGUUCGAAACAAAACUCUGGCUUUUCGUACGCUCGUGUAAAUGAAGAUGAUUUAUGUUCGUUCGAAUUUGUUUUUCUUUUACUGUCUUGAAACUUUGUUGAAGCAAUGGGUGUGUUCUUCAGUUGAGCUUUAGGGUUGUUAA